UUUUGCAUUCAGAAAAUGGAUGAAAACCAUCCAAAUGUUGUUUGUUUUGAAACACCACCUAACAAGGUUAGAUCAAAAUUUAAGUGGGAUGAUAUUACGUUCAAGGAGUUUAUCAAUGCAUGCGUGCUUGAAGUUGAAAGAGGGAAUAAACCCACUACGUCCUUUACUAAGGCUGGGUGGGCGAAUAUAUUACAAACCAUGAACGAAAAAACAGGUAAAACCCUUGAUAAAAAACAAAUGACAAACAAAUGGGAUAGCAUGAAAAAAGAAUGGAAGAUUUAUGACCGCCUGAUGAGACUUGAAACUGGGAUUGGUGGGACGAGAAGCUUCAUCGACGCAUCGCCCGAGUGGUGGGAUGAGAAAAUAAAGGAAGAUAAAGACUUUGCCAAAUUUAGGGGUGCAGAUUUGAGCAUCUAUGAGUCGGAUUAUGCUACUUUGUUUCGGGAUUCGGUUGCCACCGGAGAAAACGCUAUGACUCCGUUACAAUUUCAAAAGGAUAGCACCGUGAGCGGUGUUCGAAGUGAAGAAAAUAUUGAGGGCAAAGGCGAUAGUGAUGAAAUAAGUUUAGGUGAUGAUGAUGGUUUGUCCAAGAAUCUUUUAAUCAUUCUGGAGAAACCAUUCAUAGACAUUUCCAUGCAGUGUUGGCGGCGGUGCUAAAGAUGAGUGCUGACAUCAUCAAGCCAUCCGCAAACUAUAAUGAUGAUGUACCUGAUUAUAUAUUAAAUAAUCCUCGGUAUUAUCCAAUAUUCAAGGAUUGCAUUGGGGCUAUUGAUGGGACUCACGUGAGGGCAUCAGUUCGAUCGAAGGACCAACCGAAAUACAUUGGUCGAAAAGGAUAUGCGACACAAAAUAUAAUGGCUGUUUGUGAUUUUAACAUGUGCUUUACAUUCGUAUGGGCUGGAUGGGAGGGUAGUGCACAUGACACCCGAAUCUUCAAUGAAGCCUUACGGAGGCCG